CGAAUAUUUCGGCUAUCGUUGGUUUGGCAAGAGUUGGAACAGGGGGCAUCUGAGGAGCUCUGGACGGUGCAAUGCGCUUCUAUGGCGCCGCGGUAGAAUGCCUACCUGCAGGCUGAGCUCCGGCGGUGUCAUUUUCCAAGAUGAUAUUGAGAGGCUCAUCGUGGAGAAUGGGCCUACGAUAGCUAUCGCCGGGGCACUCACGGGCUGUGUGCAAAGCUGGGAGAUGUGCCAAAGACAGCCGAGCCUGGGCAGCCCUCUAAAUCAUCAGCAAGCAAACCCAAAUCCUACGUCUCCAUGAGCCGUAUGGACAAAGAGGCAGAAAGAGCAGGUUUACAACUGGGAUCCACACUUGCGAAGAGAUAUGGCAUCAAAUCGAGAAAGUCGAGGAGACCUUUACCUGUCUCCACUCUGCUUGGGAAACGAAAAAAGUCAAGAGCAGCACUCUCUGAGGCGCUUUGAGAGCCCUAAAAUAGCCUACGGAUGGUGCUUGAGGCUACUGAGAGACCGAAUUCUUCUCCGAAUUUUUCCGCUCUUCUCCAGGGCUCGUGUAAAGGUUGGAUGCGAAGCGGAUAGCGCUCGAGCCAGUCAGUACCUAGCUUGACGAUAGCAAGAGAGAGAGAGAGAGACAGAGAGACAGUACCAACAAGAUCUCAGAAUUCUCGACAAAACUGCGCUGCGUCGCCUUUUCUCCAAACGUGAGAGUUUUGAGGCGAUACAGUACGUCCACCGCCACCCGACGGAAUCAACAGAAGCCGGCCUCGUCACACACCACACCCAAAACAACGCUUCCACAUCAUACCCAACCUCCAUUCCCUAGCAAUCAUGGAUACAACAAUGC